GUCAAGGUUUAUUUCUAAAUAAAAACUAGGCAUCAACGGAAGCGUUGGUAGAUUUGUCUCGAUCAAAGCGUAUUUCUGGUAAAGUAAAAUCAAAUCCAUCGUUUGGAUCUCUGAUGGAGUCGUCGUCUUCUUCUUCCUUCCAAUCUCUCGAUUCAUCCGAAUAUGUUAUUUCUAAUUUGGAUCAUUUCAAUCUAUUCAUUCUACGCCCGUUCCUCGCUACCACCUUCGUCCUAUCCUUCAUUCUUCUAGGUUGGUUGUUGGCGUGGAAGCUAGUAUUGGUUCAUGUUCCCCUUGUGCAAGAGAUCUUCGGUUUGCGGAAUAAAUCCCGCAAACCCAAACCCCAGACUGGCCGCCUUUCUCGAUUCUAUAGCAACAUUAAUGCCCGCGACCGUGCUUCUGGCUGGUAAUUUCUUUCCUUUAUUUCUAUUUUUUCUUCACAUUUAAUUAUCACAUUAUAAAGUUAGUGACCACCAUUAGUUGGUAGAAUUGAUUUUUGUAUUUUGUUUGUUUUUGGGCGAGGGUCUUGAAUUGUUAUGGUGGUGAUCUGUUUGAUGAAAUGUCGAAUUGGAUUCUUUUAGCUUGGUUGAUACAUUGUGCCAGUUGUUCAAUCUAUGCCUUGGGAACUUGGAGUGUAUACUUUGUACUGGGUCAAUUCAAGUUUGCUGAUGUGCAUUCAUGUAUCUAAUUGAACAGCUUUUUCCUCCUUCUCCCCUAAAUGCUUAAUGUUUCCAUGAGCAGAUAGUGGAUUUAAUUAGAUUCUUGUUUUAUGUGUCCGGAAUAUUGUUUCUCUAUUGCUAUGAUGGAAUGAAAUAUAAAUUUGUUAUAUAAAUUGUAUAAAACA